AGAGAGAGAGAGAAAAGGUGGAGGAGUGAGAGAGAAAGCGUGUGUGUGUGUGUAUGUGUGUGUGUGUGUGUAUGUGUGUGAGGCACUGGCAUUCACUCUUAGACAUCAGGAGCCGGUGGACUGAAGGAGUGCGAUGCCUCUGGAUCCCACAUUCACCACUGUAUUUGUUCGUCCAGCCUGUUGUUAAGUGCGCAAGUGGAUCGUACGCAAGCCUCUAAACACUUGUGUGUUAGAGAGAGGGUGAGAGUGUGUGGGCCCCCUGGCGAGGGGCUCAGCAGGUUGGGCUGGGGGGGGGCGCUAAGGCCAGGUGGCUGUGAGCACCAUGAGCGUGCCACUGCUGAAGAUCGGAGCGGUGCUCAGCACCAUGGCGAUGGUCACUAACUGGAUGUCUCAGACGCUGCCGUCGCUCGUAGGACUCAACGGCACUACUGUGUCCCGCGCCGGAACCUCGGAGAGGAUCGUCAGCGCCUUGUACCCGAGCCCGGAGGAAGGCUGGCAGAUCUACAGCUCGGCACAGGAUGCAGAUGGGAAGUGUAUCUGCACGGUGGUGGCUCCGGCCCAAAACAUGUGUAAUCGAGACCCACGCAGCCGCCAGCUCCGCCAACUCAUGGAGAAGGUCCAGAACAUCACCCAGUCGAUGGAGGUGUUGGAUUUAAGGACAUACAGGGAUUUACAGUACGUCAGGGACACGGAGAACUUGAUGAAAACGGUGGAUGGUAGAUUGAAGACAGCUUCGGAGAACCCACGCAGCCUCAACCCCAAGAGUUUUCAGGACCUAAAGGACAAAGUGGCUCAGCUGCUCCCUCUGUUGCCGGUGCUAGAGCAGUAUAAGACGGAUGCGCAGAUGAUCCUGCGGCUCAGGGACGAGGUGAGGAACCUGUCGCUGGUCCUCAUGGCCAUCCAAGAGGAGAUGGGAGCCUACGACUACGAGGAACUCCGGCAGAGAGUCCUGUUGCUGGAGACGCGCCUACACUCCUGCAUGCAGAAACUGGGCUGUGGGAAGCUGACAGGCGUGAGUAACCCCAUCACCAUCCGCGCCUCAGGUUCUCGGUUUGGCUCCUGGAUGACAGACACCAUGAUUCCCAGCUCUGAUAACAGGGUGUGGUCAAUGGACGGCUACUUCAAAGGGCGGCGUGUGCUCGAGUACCGCACCCUGAGCGACUUCAUGAAAGGUCAGAACUUCGUUCAGCACCUUCUGCCUCACCCCUGGGCUGGGACAGGUCACGUGGUCUACAACGGCUCGCUCUACUACAACAAGUAUCAGAGCAACAUCCUGAUCAAGUACCACUUCCGUUCACGCAGCGUCCUGGUGCAGCGGAGUCUGAGCGGCGCCGGGUAUAACAACACCUUCCCAUACUCGUGGGGCGGAUCAUCCGAUAUCGACCUGAUGGCAGACGAGAGCGGCCUGUGGGUCGUCUACACCACCAUCGCCAACGCAGGCAACAUCGUCAUCAGUCGCCUGCAGCCCGAGAGCCUGGAAAUCCUGCAGACGUGGGACACGGGCUUCCCGAAGCGCAGCGCCGGCGAGUCCUUCAUGAUCUGCGGAACGCUUUACGUCACCAACUCGCAUCUGGCCGGCGCCAAAAUUUACUUCGCCUACUACACCAACACGUCCACCUACGAGUACACGGACAUUCCGUUCCACAACCAGUACUCGCACAUCUCCAUGAUGGACUACAACCCACGUGAGCGUGUGCUCUACACUUGGAACAACGGCCACCAGGUGCUCUACAACGUCACGCUGUUCCAGGUCAUCAAGACCUCUGGAGACUGAGGCUAGCACUUACAUACACACACACACACACACACAAAACACUCUUGUGCAUUACAUAUUUACCAUAAAAGUGCGUGUAUAUACAUAUAAACCCUCAAACUGAAAGAAAGGACAUGACCAUGAUUGGAGCUUAGACUUAUUUUCCUCUUUUUUUUACAUUUCAAUCUUCAUAGUGUUAUUAUUCACAUAAUGUGCUGAGAAAAGCCCGCGGGCUGCAACGCCGAUGCCGAUGUACGGACUGAGCUUUUGGUUUUUGUUUGUUUGGUUGGUUGUUUUUUUUCUUUUUCUUUUCUGUGACAAGUGAGCAUGACACGUUUUUGAUUUGUGGCCAAAAAAGAAUAAACGUCAACCUUUAACAUUUCA